CGAAAGUCGUAGGCAAGCAUCGGAGCUGAUCGGAGUUGGUUGUUAAGUUUCCGGAGAAAUUUGUGCCUAAUCACUCAGUCAUUACGUGAAACAUGACGGAAGACGAGUCAAUGACGGUUUUCGAGCCCUCGAUCAGGAACGUGAUCGAACAACGUUCCUUGCGAUGGAUAUUUGUGGGUGGCAAAGGCGGAGUCGGGAAAACGACUUGCAGCUGCUCCUUGGCAGUACAACUGUCAAAAGUCCGGGAAAGUGUACUUAUCAUAUCCACAGAUCCGGCGCAUAACAUUUCUGAUGCGUUUGAUCAGAAGUUCAGCAAGGUGCCAACCAAGGUGAAGGGCUUUGAUAAUUUAUUUGCCAUGGAGAUUGAUCCUACUGUUGGUAUCACGGAAUUGCCGGAAGAAUACUUCGAAAAUGACUCAGUUACAGGAGGAGAGGCAUUUAAGAUGAGCAAGAGUGUUUUGCAAGAAGUUGUUGCUGCAUUCCCUGGUAUAGAUGAAGCAAUGAGCUAUGCGGAAGUCAUGAAGCUUGUAAAGGGAAUGAAUUUCUCAGUUGUGGUGUUUGAUACCGCACCUACUGGACAUACUCUGAGGUUAUUAUCGUUUCCACAAGUGCUGGAAAAAGGACUAGGAAAAUUAAUACGAUUGAAAAUGAAGAUUAGUCCUUUCAUCACACAGUUUACCUCAUUGUUUGGUUUCACGGACUUCAAUGUAGACACAUUUUCUAAUAAAAUGGAGGAAAUACUUACUGUUAUUAAGCAAGUUAACGAACAGUUUAAAAAUCCCGAUCAGACGACUUUCAUAUGUGUCUGCAUAGCUGAGUUUUUGUCGCUUUACGAGACGGAACGACUUGUGCAAGAGUUAACAAAAUUCGGCAUUGAUACGCACAACAUCAUAGUGAAUCAGCUAUUAUUCUUAAAAAAGGGCGACACACCUUGCCGACUUUGUCUCGCCAGGCAUAAAAUACAAGAUAAAUAUUUAGAUCAGAUACUGGAUCUUUAUGAGGAAUUCCACGUCACACGGCUUCCUUUACUGGAGAGAGAAGUGCGAGGAGCUCAAAUGGUCAGGGAAUUUUCGGAAAAUCUUGUUAAACCGUACAUGCCUUAGCAUCUAUGUAAUUAAUACCUAUUUAUAAUAACAUAUAUGAUAUAUAUAUAUAUCUCGAAAAAGAUA